CACGACAUCCAUUCGAGGUAAUUUGCUGCCACUCACAAAUGUUUCUAGCAACCACACGAAAACAAGUUUUGGCAAAAAAUAAAUAAAAAUAAAAAAGACGAUAAAACCGAUUUCGAUCUGCUUAUGAUUUGGCGGCGUUGUAAAGAUUCGGCAGCGCGGCAAUGGUUCUGGCAACCACACCAACCCCACGUCCUCAUCAUCUCCCUCUCCCCAACACCAACAAUGGAGACUCCCGCACCCACCACCACGCCCAUCUCCUCCGCCUGCUGAACGAAUGCACGGACAUGUCACAGCUCAAGCAAAUCCACGCCCACACAUUGCGCACCACAUCGCCCACCAACCCCCACACCCUCUUCCUCCACAGCCGAAUCCUGCAUUUCUCCUCCCUCGCUGACAUCAACUACGCGUUUCGGGUUUUCGACCAGAUCGAAAAACCCAAUUCGUUUAUGUGGAACACUCUCCUCCGGGCCUGCGCUCGAAGCUCCGAGCGCGAAGAGCAGGCAAUACUGUUUUACUGCAAAAUGCUGGAAGAAGGGGAUGUUUUUCCCGACGAAUAUACUUUCCCGUUUGUUCUCAGAGCUUGUGCGUACUUGUUUGCCUUGUCUGAAGGGAAACAAGCGCAUGGAAACGCUGUGAAACUUGGGUUUGAUUCGGAUGUGUAUGUAAGCAACAGUUUGAUUCAUCUGUAUGCGUCUUGUGGGUGUUUGGAGUUGGCAGAGAAGGUGUUUGAGGAAAUGCGCGAAAGAAGAAGCAUUGUGUCGUGGAAUGUUAUGAUUGACUCGUAUGUUCGGGUUGGGGAGUUUGAGACUGCGCUGAAGGUGUUUGGUGAAAUGCGGAAGGUGUUUGAGCCUGAUGGGUACACAAUGCAAAGCGUUAUAAAUGCUUGCGCUGGGUUAGGGGCUUUGUAUUUGGGGAUGUGGGCUCAUGGUUAUGUGUUAAGGAAGUGCGACAGUAGUGUAGCUAGCGAUGUUUUGAUCAAUUCUUCGUUGGUUGAUAUGUAUUGCAAAUGCGGGUCCUUGAAACUUGCUCAGCAAGUAUUCGAUAGGAUGCCUAAACGCGAUGUGACUUUGUGGAAUUAUAUGAUUCUAGGGCUCGCCCUGCACGGGCAAGCUGAGGCAGCUUUGAAGUGUUUUGAUUGUUUGGUUGAAACGGAAAGCUUUGCGCCCAAUUCUAUCACAUUUGUCGGAGUUCUGAGUGCAUGUAAUCACAGAGGAAUGGUUGAAGAAGGCCGUAGGUUUUUUGAUAUGAUGGUAAAGGACUACAGGAUUGAACCAAGGCUAGAACACUACGGAUGCCUAGUUGAUCUUCUGGCACGUGCAGGUUUCAUCGACGAAGCUUUGAAUUUGGUAACAACAAUGCCUGUUAAACCCGACACUGUAAUAUGGAGGAGUCUUCUCGAUGCUUGUAGCAAGCAACACGAAGCUAGCAUUGAGCUAAGCGAAGAAGUGGCCAGGCAGAUCCUCGAGUCCUCAGAAGGGGAUGUUUCUAGCGGUGUUUAUGUGCUCUUGUCAAGAAUCUACGCCUCGGCUAGCCGUUGGAAUGACGUCGGAUCAAUUAGGAAACUAAUGGCGGAGGACGGCAUAACAAAAGAGCCGGGGUGUAGUUUGAUAGAGAUUGAUGGUAUAACCCACGAGUUUUUUGCUGGAGAUACAUCGCAUCCUCGCAGUAGAGAAAUUUUUCGGGUCCUUGAUACGAUCAAAGAGAAGCUGGAGGCAGUAGGGUAUGCGCCGGAAUGUUCCCAAGGAGAUUUGAUUGAUGAAAAACGAUGGCAAUCGGUUGGUGUUGGGCUGCACAGCGAGAGAAUAGCCAUUGCCUUUGGACUGUUGAACUUGAAGCCUGGCGUGCCCAUACGUAUAUUUAAGAAUCUGCGGAUAUGCAACGAUUGCCAUAAGGUGACCAAAUUAAUUUCUGAAUUAUUUGACGUGGAGAUUAUCAUGAGAGAUCGUGCUCGAUUCCAUCACUUUAAAGAUGGCGUCUGCUCUUGUAUGGAUUAUUGGUAGCUUUUUGCUCUUGUAUUGUAUCCCCAGUCAGCCAUGUAUAUAGAAAAAUGCUAUGGAGACUUGCUCAAAAGUGGUACUCUU